AUGUGAUGGGAUGUUGAGAAGGAUGUAGCCCCAAGUUGCCUCCACGUUUCCUUCUUGGCAGAAUUUAUGUUUUUACACGGGCAUUGCAUUUGCACCUCCUCCAUCACCCCUAGCUUUAUUGCAAAACCAAGACCAACCGGUUCCACUUUCAAGAUUCCAACUUGAAUUCACUUUCUUCAAAUUUGAGAUAUAGAGACUAGAACUAAGUAUAGGAGUCAACUUUGGACUAUGAUGAUCUGUUUUUCUUUUCUCUAAAUAUGGAUUUUAUUGAUCUGGGUUUGCACCUUGGCCGAAGUUUGGAACUGAGGUUUGCUCAUUUGUGGCAAGUCUUGUGUUUUUGAGGCUGUUGCUGUUCAUAAAAUCCAGUUGACCAGAAAAGAAAUUCCGUCAGAUUUGUCUUAGCCUAGUUUCCUGGAAGAGGAUUGGCUUCUGGGUUUGAGUUUGUCAAUGCUUGGGGACUGUUUUGUUUUCUCUUUUCAGUGAAAGAGCUAUGAUACAGGCUUAAAGGUUGAAUUUUGGCAUUUAGCAAAAGUGUAUGGAAGUAUCAGUUCAUCAUCUUUGCCUGCUAUUCCAACUGAGAAGCCAACUGCAAAAUCAACCAAUGGCACCACUUCAUCAGCCAAUACAACUUCUAGUAGUUUGGGAACAGGAAAUGCCAUUGCAGUGGGCAUUGUGGCUGCACUAGUUGUUCUUGGUCUUGUUGUCAUGGCCACGUGGUUUGCACAGAAAAGAAAGAGAAGGGGUGCUGGGGCAAAUGCUGGAUAUACAAUGCCUUCUCCAUUUGCCUACCAUCAUAAUUCAGAAUCAACAUUCGUGAGGCUUUAUUCUUCUGCCCCUCUUGUAGGAAGUAAUUCACAAAGUAAUUUCAUAUCAGAGUCUGAUGGGAUAAAUAAUUCGAAGUCAUGGUUCACAUAUAAUGAACUGGUCCAGGCUACAAAUAGGUUCUCAGGACAGAAUCUUUUGGGUGAAGGUGGAUUUGGUUGUGUAUACAAAGGUGUCCUCACAGAUGGAAGAGAAGUGGCUGUAAAGCAGCUAAAGAUUGGAGGUGGACAGGGAGAGCGUGAGUUCAGAGCAGAAGUGGAGAUCAUUAGCCGUGUACAUCAUCGCCAUUUGGUUUCACUGGUGGGUUACUGUAUUUCAAACCACCAAAGAUUGCUUGUCUAUGACUACCUCCCAAACAAUACCCUUCAUUACCACCUCCAUGGUAAAAGCAGGCCAGUCAUGGAUUGGGCUACUCGAGUCAAGGUUGCUGUUGGUGCAGCUCGUGGAAUAGCUUACCUCCAUGAAGACUGCCAUCCCCGCAUUAUUCAUAGGGAUAUCAAGUCAUCAAAUAUUCUUCUAGACAACAAUUUUGAGGCUCAGGUAUCGGAUUUUGGACUUGCCAAGUUAGCUUUGGAGCUGGAUUCGCAUACACAUGUAUCAACACAUGUGAUGGGAACCUUUGGAGCUCUAGACUCCUUGGAUGAGUUAUCAGAUCUCAUAAAUGGAAUGAAACCUGGCCAGAGUGAGGUCUUUGAUUCAGCACAGCAAUCGGCACAACUCAGAAUGUUUCAGAGAUUGGCAUUUAGUAAUCAAGACUACAGCUCUAGUUUCUUUAAUCAAACCCAGAGUAGUUGGGGAAGUCAAGAACGUGUGAGUCAAGGUAGCUAAAGGAGUUGAGAAUAUGUUAGCUGGAGAAACUGGAGCCAAGAGCAUAGGGAGAUACUUUAAUGCCAUGGAUGCAUCUCGGUUGUGCAAAUUCAGACUUGGUUCUGUGCAUGCUCAGACUUGGAGGCA